GCCAUGGUCAGAUAACAAUAGAAACAGUAAACGAAUCGGUUCGACCAGCGUGCUAACAGCGUAGGCAAGGAUCGUGGUUCCAGCGUAAUAAGACGACGGUUUGGUUGAUGCUGUGAGAUCAAAAGUGACUUUACUCUAUGAACAAAAUGGCGACCAUCAGGAAGAAGUUGGUGAUUGUAGGGGAUGGUGCUUGCGGAAAGACUUGCCUUCUCAUCGUCUUUAGCAAGGACCAUUUUCCCGAGGUCUACGUGCCCACUGUGUUUGAGAACUACGUUGCAGACAUCGAAGUGGACGGCAAAUGUGUUGAGCUAGCAUUAUGGGAUACGGCGGGCCAGGAAGACUACGACCGACUCCGACCCCUGUCAUAUCCAGACACAGAUGUCAUUCUAAUGUGUUUCUCCAUCGAUAACCCCGACAGUUUGGAGAACAUCUCCGAGAAGUGGACACCAGAGGUCCGGCACUUCUGCCCCAACGUGCCAGUCAUCCUGGUGGGCAACAAAAAGGACCUGCGGCACGACGAGACCACACGGCUGGAGCUGGCCCGUAGCAAGCAGGAGCCGGUUAAGACAGAGGAGGGCCGGCAGAUGAAGGACAAGAUUGGCGCCUGCGCUUACCUGGAGUGCUCGGCCAAGACCAUGGAGGGGGUGCGGGAGGUUUUCGACACGGCCACUAGGGCCGCGCUUAUGACUAGGAAGCCCAAGCGGCGGAGGUGCAGGAUCUUCUAAAUUAGAAAAAUUAACAGAUGGAUGUUUUGAACCACCUAACUUGUCUCCCUUCCAUUGGGUCUGAGCAUGAACAGUAGAGGGUGCUAUGUUUAUUUCAAAGGGCUUUCCUUUUGGCCAACAUUGUUGCAAUGAAUCAUGUGUGCUGUAUCAUGAGUUUCAGUCAUCAAAACUUGGAACAUGACCUAGUUCCUCAAUCAUGCAAAAUCCUCCAAAGCUUCCAGCUACUUUUUUUUUCUCUACACUAAAUGACAGAUUUUGUUUUGAAAACUGCGAUGUUCUCUUCACCUCCAGAGAAAUAAAACUGAUAUUAGGCAUUUGGGUUUUCAAUAUUUCCCUUACAAAAUUCACAAAACGGGCAGAAAUUAAUUUAUGUUAUUCACUGUCAUAAUAAGAAUUGAAUAAGGAUACUUUUUGAAUAUGCCAUUUGUAUGAUGCAAACAUUUGCAGUAUUUCAAAGUAUUUUAUAUUCAUUAACGUUUAAAGUUUCUCUUUCAACCAUUAACACGUUAUAUUCUAUGCAAGAUGACACUUCAGUGAUUGUCAGCGAAAUUGUAAAUAUAUUUUUGGACAUGUGUUAUAAUUGUUGUAUAUAACCAAGACUUUAUUUUAAUACAAAACUCCUGACAUGGCAGAAAAGGUAUUCUUGAAGCAUGCUGUAAAUAUAUGUGAAGUAUUGUCCAAGAUGUCUCUUGAAGGUGGUCCAAACUGAAAUAAUAAUUUUUUUUUUAUAGGUUGACAUUUGCAGAGUAUUGAAAUAUGAAAUUUUCCAAAUAUGUCAGUUAAAAAAGGCAAAAAUUAACUUGAAGAAAGAAUACUAAUCAAUGCCCUUUACAACUUUCAAUAUUUUUGUGUGCAAAUAUUUUGGUGCAAUUUGAUUAUAUGCAUUUUUCUGUUCUGGGUAGACAUUUUUACCUGUGAAUUUGUGAAUGUUUUGCAUGGAUAAAGAAAUAAAGACAAAGGACAGGUGAA